GCCAAGCAGGCGGGCAAAUGACGGCUGAGCUGAUAGCUCGCGCAGCUUCAGUGUGUCGUGUUCUUAUUUCUCCUCCCGGUUUAGCUUCGUUGCUGACUAGGUGAACUCUCUGCUAGGCCUGAGCAUUUUUCUGCCAAAAGAGUAGCGAUGCAGUCUUGAUCUGUCGUUUAAGUACACCAUUUUCAUCUCGACGGCAGCGCAUGGCGUAGGAAAUGGCUGCCGUGAACUGCAAUCUCCAGCGCAGCACGGUAUCUGUCAGGUGUCCUGCGGAUGGUCGACUGGAAGAAAUAACUCGGAACGGACACAGAUUAUUCCAGUUGAAGCAAACUGUGUGCCAUGCAUGCAAUGGCUUUUAUGGACCAUCCUUUGGCCAUCCACUGUGCAGCACCUGCCAUGCUUUUUUGUAUCCCGAUGUGCUCACCGAGCUGUAUAGAGACCCAGGCUGGAAAAGUGACUCUGAAGACUCAGGGAAUGAUGAACCAGAUGACUUUUAUGACAUGGUGAAGCAUAAUGUUGAGCGCCCAAAGCUGCCAGCAGGAGGGCCAAAAACGGAUAGACUAGCAGAAUGUAUAUCUGCCCUGAGCUGCCCAAGGCCACAGGAGUCGACGCCCGAUGGUGUCCUGGCCCAGCUACCACUCGAGGUGCUUUCCCUCAUCUUCAGGCGCCUGGAUGAUCUGUCGCUGUGGCAUUGUAGCCAGGUCUGCCAACGCUGGCGCCAAAUCCUCGAGUGCGAACUCACUGAAGAUAAUUGGUUUGUGUUCACCAAGCAUCGUUGGCCUCUCUUCAAGCCUCCUCACAAAGUCACUUCUUGGAGGACCCUUUACAGUCGUCUGGUCACCAGUGCACCAUGCCAGCGGUGCCUACAGGAGCUCACGGAAGGACCGAAAGGCCGUUUUUUUGACUGGGGCCCUGAUUGCUCCUGGCGCACAGUGCGACUGCAGCAAGAGCUGCGUAUGUUACAGAUAGAACCUCCUGAAGGCAUUGCAGCUCAGCCACUGGACCCUUUGUGUGUCCACUGGCAGGCAGUUAUAGCUGGACCGCCAGACAGCCCUUAUGAAGGUGGCCGGUUCCUCCUCUUUGUGCAGAUUCCGAGCGCGUACCCCAUGAGGCCUCCCAUUGUGAAGUUCCUGACUAAAAUCUUCCAUCCUAACAUAAGCCGUCAUGGGGACAUAGGCAUUGAUUCCAUACAACACAACUGGAGCCUGGCACUCACCAUAUCAAAGGUGCUCAUCAGUAUCCAGUCCCUUUUGACAGAUCCAUACUGUGUUGUCUGUAUGGAACCCGAAGUGGGACGACUGUACCUUGAAGAUCGUCUGAGCUUUGAGCGUACAGCUAGGCUCUGGACAAUACGCUAUGCCAUGCACGGUGGUCCUAGUGACUUCCAUGGCCACGCCUUGGAAAGUGGCUGAAUACUUCAACCAAAGUGCUCCAUAGCCAUAGCCGCCCAUGUGUCCUUGUCAACGUGUGCUGCAGUUUAUGCACGAAGGAAGCCAGUCAACAUUAAGUGAGGAGUGGCUGGCUGCAAUUCCACAAGUGGCACAACUUCUUGCCAACAGGGCCAGGCAGGGGACUGGCCAGCCUAGUCACUGCAUCUGCAGGCACCCUUAGAAUGUCUGCACUUUCUGCUCACCUUCCGCCAGUGGCACCUUCUUGUUUUCUCUCAGUUCUUUCUCUAUCUUUUUUCUUUCUUUUUUUACCUUGCAUUAACUAUUUUGUGAAGGGGGAAAAAGAAACUUUGUUUUUUGCAAAUCAAGAAUGGCAACAAGUUGGGAUCAGUGACAAGUACAGAAGCCGGAUUAACAGCCUGGUAUAUGUUCUAAAGUACUUAGAUCCUUAAAGGAACAGUCAUCUCUGAAAAAUGUCCAACAAAAUGUACUGUUGAAGUACUGUCGAGUGAGGUGGUUUACCUGUUCCUCUGUGUUGCUUCAAUGUAGGUGCACUCUGUUUCCAUCUGCAAUAUCGGAUUAUUUGUUCAUUGUGGUGACGAGUGUUGUGAAUUCACACAGCACAGGCCACUGUAGCAUUUUCUGUAAGCUCAGAAUAACCCCAUUGUUGGCAUGCAGAAAGGAAAGCAAUAUUUAUUCCUCUGUUAAGCACUUUGCACCAGGCUUCAAAGCAUUUUUUUGACUGCAUUGAAAACUGGGACAGCAUUUGUGAAUGUUGCCAUUACAAAAUUUAGAGUUAAAACAGAAUGGCUACAUACGACUGUGCUCAAUGUACUUAACAAAGCAAUGUUGCACAUUGUUGGCAAAAAAGGUGUCCUCAUUUGAAACCUACCCAAGUUACUGCUGUAAUAGGAGAUAGAAACUGUGUUAAAGAAAAGCAGGCUUUUUUUUUAUUUCAAUAUUAUUAAUAUUGUUAGUCUUUCAUGAAAACACAGAGGUGAAGCUUUCCAGAGUUUUGUGUAAGCAUAUCAAGAAGAAAGCCUUAUUGAAGAGAAGACACAAAAAGAGACUGGACCUGCUAUUACAAGCAUAUCAAACACUCCUUAGUAAGCUUAGCUAGAACAUCUUGGACUGCAUUGGUGUCACCCUCGUCUUUGCACCCCCUUUUUUCUUUCUUUUUUUUUGUGUGUUGUUGGUUUGUUAUUAACCUUUUUCAGCAUUAAUGUGUUGGAAAUUGAUAUUGUGGCAACACUGUUGCUUCAAAUAUUAAUUUUCUUAUAUUGUAAGUGUAGUAUCUUGUUUUUUAUGACAUUCAUUAGUGAUAGUGAUAGUAUUGCCUUCCCUCCUCCCCCAUCUCUUCCCCCCCUUUUUUUGACAAACCUUGUAAGCUUUUGUGGCUAAAGGGCUUUCUGGCUUUUGUAAUAUUAAUAUUGAACUGGAGUGCUGUGUUUCAUGUAACUGGAAUCAAAUAUGAAGCGGCAUAUUGUAAACAUCAAAUGCCAAUAGCAGAUUGAACAUCUGGAGUAAUUUAAAAUCUUCUGCACUUUUAAAUUAGCUUUGCCUCGUAUGCAUAUAUGUCACUUUCCAUUUUAUUUUAGCACAUUAGUUAUGUUUAAAGCAGCUGCAAAUUGUAUUAAAAUGGCUCAGAGAAGAGUUCCUUACUUGCAGCACUUUUUUCUUCGUUUUAAUGUAGGCUGCAAAGUUAGAACUGACAUCCUUAAACAUUUUCAUGCCAAGCUUGCUAAACAAGCCCGCAAGAGGAUGUGAUGCAAAAUGCUCAAUACUGGAACAUUGUUCUGUUCGGUUUCAUAAGUCUUAAAAAAAAUUGUGGUCUUUAGAAAUGACAAUGUUUGGUUCAAGUUGCACGAAACCCAGCAUGAAAGUGGCCAAUUCAAAUAAGGUGAAAUGUACUGUAUCUUUGUGUGUUUAGUAUUUGUUGAAUGCCACGCCUUUUGUUUUGAGAACAAUUUUGUAAAAGUUGAUUAUAUUUUGAUAACAUUCAAAAAUCCUUGCCAUAUUAGUCAAGUUUGUAUUGCUGUAUGAUUUGGAAUAGUUUUUUUUGCACAAAUUGCCUUCAUCAGCUGCUGCGUAAAUCUGAACAUUUGACACUGGUAUUUGCAGUCACUUCUGUAUGGUAUUCAUGUUCCUCUGCUUGUGCUAGGGCCAUAUGAAAUGCUGGUGCUUGUUGCUAUGGUACUGGAUCUGUGAAUACUUGCUUGCUUAUUGUCACCCCCUUCCCCCUUUUGUUCUUUGUUGUCUGUUUUACUGUACAGCUAUAUUGUUCAUUCCCUUUUGCGCUGGGCGCGUUGGGGAAUAUAAUUUCCCUGCAUUGGUAGGAACCCUGAUGUUCUAUCACAUUCAGUGCGACUGCGACCAGCAAUACACUUGCCAUGGCUGAAACCCGAGAGAAAAGGUUGGGAAGGUGUUGCUGUUACAACAGUAUGUUCAUCCCUUUGCUUUUUUGUCCUUGUGGGAGACUUCUACUGAGAAGCACGGAUGGCCUGAGUCUUUGAUGCGGUGUGCUGUGACAGGGUGCACCGCUGCUUUGGCAUUGUAACUGCUCCUAUUUUCUUUAGUUUUCACGAUGAAGUUACGGCUGCUUGGUGGGCUGGUGUAAUAUCCCUCCAUGCACACACCAGACAUUAGAACAAAAGCAUAUUUAUGGAUUGGCAAGAACCCAUUGUACUCUUGUUUCGCAAGCAUUGUUCUCGUCAAGCUCGCACGUUGCAGCUCAUAUUGAAUGUGAUGGUACUACCAGUUUGGCAUGCUUCGAGAUAUUCUGAGCUGUUUGCUAAUUUAUUUGCUUUUCCAUGCAACACAUACCAGCACUUAAAUUUUCUACGUAACAUACCUACACUCAAGCUUAAUUUCAAGAGUCUCGUUUCUAGCUUAAUUGUGCAGUGGUUUUUGUAUUAGCCUCAUAGAGCAUUUUUGGUUUUCAUAGAGUGCCAGAAAGAGGAAGAAGUCCGACACUACCUUAGGAAUUUCUUUCCCCCUUUCGCCCCACAUUUCUCUUUUGUUUGCUCAGUGGAAUUAGCUGCUCAUGUCUCCCAUGUUCUGUAUAGCCUUCCGUGUUGUGGUGUCUGCCUUUCGAGGUAGCAAGCUUUGUGCUGUUUCAUUCAUGAAUUCUGCACGGUUGGCCAGGACUGGGAACCAUCUGGAUCUGUUGUGUGUGAUGUUGUGGUCAUGUGUGCAACGUGUUAAUGCUAAUUUUAAGUGGUUGGACAUUCAUUUUUCACAUAAUCAUAUUUUUGUACAUUUGUUGUUUUUUUGUAUGUGUGUUUUCUGUUUGCCUAAGCUCUCUUAAUAAAUUCAGUGAAGGAGCACCGGUGGGAAUUGUCACAAAAUGCAUGUGCACAUGUGUGUGCAUAAGUGUUAACAUAGUUUUGGUGUUUCCAAAGGCAUUUGCAUGUUGCACUAAUGCUAAGUUAUUGUUUCAAGUACAUAUUGACGUCCCAGUAUUUUGUCCUCGCACCGUGCUCCAGGUGUGGCAUUUUACGAUCAGCUGACAAGACUCCUCCUAUGAGCUGGUGCUUGUUUAUUGCAUGGUCACAUUGUUUCCCACGACUGCAGAAACUCGGCAUUCUCUGUCCUUUGCAUCUUGCAGUGGAUAAACCAUAGUUUUCUCUCCUAAUUUGUUCAGCUGUGACGCUGCAUGCACUGAGCGCAUUUGUAUUGUCUUUUUGUGAUAAGUGCACCAUUGGUGAGUUUUUGCCUUUGUAUUUAGGCACCUGUGGUGGGAGAAAUGGCUGAUGCAGUGGAUUCUAUAGGCGAUGUUAAAUAAGAAACCUUUUCUUCCCCUUACCAUUUGCAAACUACAGUGAAUUUCAUUUGGGUAUUCAGGUGUAUGCACUGCGCCAAUAAAGAAGGGGAAGAAUUUAGUAUGUGUUCAGAAUGAUUCCGUCAAGGCUGAACUUCAUUUGCCGAUAUAUAUAGUAAGCCAGCCAUAAACAAAAACAAAAAUGCUGGCAUUCCCUUCUGUAUUGGUGCACUGGGUACCUAGUGCUCCUCAUCAGGGAUAUAUAGACCUCUGAUGUACCAUAGUACCAUACUGUAAAUACAUGUUAAACCUUA